GUUUUAUAAAAGCUUCUGAGUUAUUAAAUUCAAAAAAUGAUACAGCCAUUUUAGAUGAACUAAAAGAUAAAUUUACUCAUAUGCAAAAUGCUCAACUUACUGAAAUAUACGAAGAAACUUCAAAAUCAUUCAAUUCUAAGGAAAUAUAUGACCGUCCUUAUUUUUCUAGAUUUAAGGAAUUUGUGAAGAGCACUCAACCGGAUAUAGAUUUACUUACACUUUAUGAUAAAAAAGUUAUUGUAAUGCUUUUAUCUGAUCCUCUUACUGAUGAAGAAAUGAUUCAAAUCUUUGAGCAUCCUAAUAUGUCAAAUAAUACAUCAGAUGGAUUAUUAAGAAGAGUUUUUUUAUGGAUAAGAUGUUGCACAGCACGAAAAGAUGAAAAUGGAAUAUAUGGGACAUGCUAUAAUAUUAAAAAAUACUUAAACUUACGACCAAAAAAUGCCAAAGAAAAUCUUUUUCUUCAUAUAAAUAAAAAUCUAAAAGAUAUUGAAAAUGGAAAUUGGUAUUCUACUUCUCAUAUGGGUCGAGACAAACUGUAUGGAAUGCUAAAAGAGAUUUGCAAUAUUACUGGAAUUGAUUGCAUAAAUAGAAGAAUUGUUAAUCAUUCAUUACGAAAAUAUACUGAUCAAAAAUUAAAUGAUGAAGGAUUAGAUUCACAAGCUAUAAUGAAUAUAACUUUGCAUAGAUCUUUAGCAGGAUUAAAUGAAAAUUUUAAUAUAAAAGAAUCUAAUAAGAAAGAACUUAACAUAAAAGGAGAUGAUAAUGCAAAACUUAUUUCUAACAAAAUAUCUAAAGAAGAAAUUAAUAUAUCAGAAACAGAAAAGGAACCAUUCUCUGAAAUCCAAAAUAUGGUUCCUUCAAAACGUAAAAAUGAUUUAUUUCUUAAUAAUAGUCGACUUAAAUUUAUUAAUUGUAGUAAUAUUACUAUUAAUAUUGCAAAGUAA